GUAACAUUUGCGAUCUAUCUCCACCCUUUUCUCUUGUACGGAGUAGUUUUUUUCUUCUCUUGCAAUCAUUCUCAUUAUCUCAUCGUUGUUAAAGGAAAGCAUCUCCCAUGGUGGCCAUGGAUUCUACAACAGAAUCAAGCAUCCCACAGUCACCUUGUAGUGUUCUCUUAGCAUAUUGCAAUGGAUUGUACUUUGAAAUUAGGUCUCUUGGAGUCCCCAAAAAAACGAGAAGAAUCACAGUUUAGGAACUUACCAAGAUGCGCGCUGCUCGAAAUAGCCAAAAAGGAUCACAGAGCUCAACAGAUUUUUAAUACUGUAGCACCAUAAGGUACAAUUUUGUUUGAAUUUAUAUUUUUUCUUGUUAGAUUGAUGCGUUGGAUGCAUGCUUUUAUUUGCUGGAGGGAAAUGUGGUUGCUCUAUGUUGUUUAUUUGAGUAAAACGCAAUUAGGAUGCGAUGGGCUUAUUAAUUCAAUCUUUUCUGUUUUAGAUUGUAGUGCGUAUAUAAAAAGUGGAGUUGGGUAUGUACAGAAAGCAUAUGCAGACAUAUCAUAUUUUCACUUGUAACAUGCUUCAGUUCAUGAAAAAGCUUUGCUGUGAUAUGCAUUUAUAGUAUGGAGUUUAUGAUUUUCUUGGGGUAUUUAAGGAAACUAAAUCCACAAAAAUAUAUACAUAAAAGGGAAAGCAGAAGAGGUUUACACUGAAGUUCCACAAACUCAUACAAAACUUCGAUAUCUAAGCAUGCUUUGGAUAGAAAGAAAUACAUAAGAAUGUGUAUGAUAUCCAUCAGGUAAUUUAAUUUAUAUUUUUGUGUUGCAGUUCGGACCUCUAGUGGUGCAUUCCAGCUUAUAGUAGCUGCAACAUUCAAUAGCAGAAAGAUACUCUAACUAUUUUUUGAAUUUUAAUAUUAACACAAUACUAUUUUGCAUGAUGAGCUACUCCAUUGAUUUCUAAAUGUUGCUAUUAACUUUAUGUGUUUCAAAUGGAGCACUAGUGCUUAACUUGAAAUUGGUAUAGAAAUUUUAGUGUAUUGCAGUGUGGACCUUCAGUUAUGCAUCCUAGUUUAUAUUAGCUGCAACGUUCCGCAACAAAUAUAUAAUUUAUCUUCCUCUUUUAACGUCAAUAAGAAGUGUCUUUUUUUGAAUCAUAGUAGGUAUACAUUUUUGUUUGUGUAGUGCAUAAUGUUAUUUUUGCAUAUCUUAGAAAUAUAUUUUACUGAAAAAAAGGUUUAACAUCAAUAUGAAGCGUCAUUUUUUGAAUCAUAGUAGGAAUACAUUUUUGUUUGUGUAGUGUAUAAUGUUAUUUUUACAUAUCUUAAAAAUUUAUUUUACUCGAAAAGGUUCAGCUGACCUUUCUUAACGUUUGGUCUAUUAUGAUAUGUAGUGACCAACUUUGAAUCAAGACAGAAAAGGGAGAUGGGCUAUAAAAGAGGAGGCAGUGGACAUCCCAAGAACCAUUUUUGUGUUCCUUAAACAAAUUAACUUUUUUUAAGGGAUAUUGCAGUUUAGUAUAGUUGUUAGUGCACAAAUUUGCAGUAGAUAUACAUAUGCACUGUUGAAUUUGUUUGUUCACAAUUUUCUCUGAAAGUGAUACAUUGGAUAAAGAAUGCUUACAUAGUACAUAGAUGACACAUUAUGAUCUUAUAAAAAUUUUGUAAUUAUGCUUCUGUGGUGCAUUUGAGGGGAAAGUGACUUCAUUAUAUUUGCAACAAUCUACUCCGUGUUGGGAGAAUUACUCGGUUGCGGUUUGUUUUCUUACUUUAUUGUAAGGGAUUUGUAUUCUUGGUGUUGGGAUUACACCAAGUGGUAGAAAUCCUAACGGUUUGUGAAAUCAAACGUUAGGUGGAAGAAAUCCCGAGUUUUGUGAAAUCAAAACUUCGGUGGAAUAGGUGAAGGGCAAUCAACCACACGGCCACCUCUUUUUGAUGGAAUCAAUUAAACAUAUUGGAAGGAACGAAUGAGAAUCUAUAUUCAUUCCACGAACUUCCAAUUAUGGUUGGUUAUCAAAAACGGGGAAGAGGUGCCAAUGAAGAAAGUCGGAGAUAAGUUGAUCCCCAAGACCGAAGACGAAUUUGAUGCCGAAGACAUCAAGAAAGUAGAAAACUAUGCAAAGGCGAUUAAAACGCUCUACUGCGCGGUCAAUCUCGAUGACUACCGCAAGAUCUUCUACUGCUCAACCGCCAAGGAGAUGUGGGAUAAGCUCGAGGUGACGUACGAAGGAACGGACCAAGUACGUGAAGCCAAGAUCCACUUCUUCACCCAAGAGUAUGAGAUGUUCAAGAUGAAGGAGCACGAGAAGAUCGACGAUAUGUUCGACCGUUUUUCCAAGAUAGUCAACGAUCUUCAUGCAUUAAAGAAGACGUACACCGAUAGGGAUCUUGUGCGAAAGAUCCUACGGAGCUUGACAUCCGAAUGGCAAUCCAAGGCCGAUGCCAUCUAUGAAUCAAUCGGCACAUCAAAUGUCACCAUCGACGGUCUAAGAGGUAAUCUAAAAACCUAUGAAUCUACUAUUCUUAAUCCGUCUUUGAAUGACCAAAGGAAAGGGAUAGCACUAAAAGCCGUCAAAGAAUCAAUGAUGGAUGAUUCAAGCGACGAUGAUGAAGUCAAGCUUGUCAUGAAGAAGUUUUGUAAACUUCUAAGAAAGAAAGAAAAGGUUGAGGAUGGCCCUGUGUGCUAUGGAUGUGGGAAGCCGAGCACAUUAAGAACAAAUGCCCGAAAAGCGAAAGGAAUGCUCGGCACUUCAAAAGGCAAAGGGCAUAUAUCUCUUGGGGUGGCGACUCCGGCGACGAGUCAACCGACCAAGACGAGGAUGAAGCUGCCAACCUUUGUCUCAUGGCACACGAAGACCAAACCGACGAUGUACAAGAGGUAUGUACCAUUUCUUCCGACUCUUAUACCUUUGAAGAAAUGCAAGAAGCAUUUCACGAACUUUAUGAUGAAUUUGUUAGCGCUUCUAAAAUCAAUAAAUCAUUAAAGAAACGUCUCUCCACCCUUGAAAAUGAUUUUGAAAAACUGGAAAAAGAUAAUGAAAAGUUGAAACAAGAAAAUAAAUUAUGGCAAAAGAAGCACCGACAAACCGAAAAGUUCCUCAAACGAAUGUGAAUCAUGUAAAGCUUUAAAGGAACAAGUCACUAAACUUGAGAGUACGGUUAAGAAAUUUAAUACUCCGCACAGAGAUCUUAAUUUACUCCUUGACACCAUGCAUUUUUCUAAAGAAGGAAUAGGCUUUAAUAAAGAUGAAGUUAAGGA